AUUUCCGCGUUCGCGGAAUCGCGGACGGAAUCGCGGAAUUGGACAAUAAAAACGGAAAUUAUUUUGAAUGCGGAAUAUCGCGGAAAUGCUGUUUUCAUGAGAAAGAGGAACAUAAACCUGGGGAAUCGUUCCCGGAGGUCGGUAAUCAAUGUGACACAAUACCUGCCUACCUCCCCUUUUCAAACAUGGCACUCCCCCCGUCUGCGAAGAAGUUGCGCAAUACCACGCUAACGCCAAAAUACAGAGCCGAGCAGUACCCAGGUGACUUCUAUGUAUCUGGUGACAUGUUAUUUUGUACUUUCUGUCAACACUCAGUUGACUGGAAGCGAAAAAACACAUGUGAUGACCACUUGUUAUCCAAAAGUCAUCUAAAAAAAAAAGAAACGCAUAGCGCUAACGCUAGCAGGCAGCCCCGACAGACAUGCGUUACUGCCUCGUUCAAGUCAGCGGACUUAAGAAAAGACUUCGUCGAGGAUUUUGUGAGCAUGUGUGCUGAGGCCGACAUCCCCUUGGAGAAGUUGGGAAAAAUACGUCCUUUUCUCGUGAAGCACUGCAAACAGGGAGGAGCGCUGCCUGAAAAUGCCAGCAGCCUCCGACAACUUCACCUCCCCCGAGUGUUUGAGCAACACAUCUCCUCUGUGCUCCAGAAGAUCCGGGGGAAAAAAUUAUCCGUUGUUGUGGAUGAGACCACUGAUGCUAGGGAUUGCAGUGUGCUUAACAUCGUUAUUGGAGUUGAAAACCAGUAUUUUCUGGUGGAUGUAGUUUUCAUGGACAGAUGCAACUUUUCCACUGUUUCACAAGCCAUUGUAGCCUCCCUCCACAGCAACAACCUCCAUCUGAAUGAUGUCUGGGCAGUAGUUACAGACAACGCUGCCUACUGUAUAAAAGCAUACAGGGAGGUCCUGCAAGGACUGAUGCCCAGCAGUGUACAUGUGACCUGCCUCUGCCAUAUCAUCAAUCUGGUGGGUGAGACGUGGCAGCAUUUCAAAUACUUAUCUGAUGUUUCCUCACUUGUGACAUGGAUGCGAUCUGUCUUCUUCAAAAAGCCAGCCAGAAAGCGAAGGUGGUUGAACUUCCUAAUAAACAAGGAGGUUGUGCAGGUAAAGAUUCCUCCUGAAGCUGUGUGCACCAGAUGGAACAGCUGGUUUGAGGCUGUCAAGUAUCACACAAAGCAUGUUCAUCAGUACAGAGAUUUCCUGUUGGCAGAGGAAUCAACAGCCAUGGCAGUAACGAACAUCCUCAGCCUGGUGGAAACAGAGGAGAAGGUGCAGACCCUCACUCUCAAGCUAACCUUCAUCUCAGAGGCCUGCUCCAAACUGAUGACAUCCCUUACCAUCCUGGAAGGAACCCACAGACCCACAGCAGUGUCUGCAUACAAUGUCAUGGAGGAGCUUGGCUCUUACUUGGUUAAUGGAACAGCGAAAACAUGUGGAUAUGGGCCUGAGAUGGAUGAGCUGCUGAGACAACUGAAGAUUCGAGAGAAGAGGGAGGUGCUUGACAAUCUCCAUGAAGCCUUCCAUUUGGCUUUCACAAAGUUCUCUAAGCACUGGGACCAACAUCCAGCCAGAGAGGUUUACAGGCUGCUGCGGGUGUUUGAUCCCAGGCAGGCUCCAGCAAUGGAAAAGCGGAUCGAAGCCUACACAACACUGAAGCCCAUGGCUAACCCAUCACCAGAGCUAAGUGAAGAGUGGAUGGCCUAUCAGCACUGUGUGUCCAGGGAGCCCCUACCCACUGAUAUGGAGCUCGCAAACUACUGGAGAGGCAUGAGUACAAGAUUUCCAAGAGUUGCUGAAGUGGCUGUGCCCUACAUCUACUUCCCAGUCAGCUCAGUUGACUGUGAGAGGACCUUCAGCAAAUACAAAACUCUCCUCACAGACAAGCGAGAGACACUCACUGAGCAAAACACAAAGAGGCUGGCAAUCAUGUAUUUCAAUGGUGAUGUCUCUGCUAGGUGGGACACUUAAGAGACCAGAUGGCUCACAAGGACUAACUAGUCCUAUAACUUGAAUACUAGUUUUGAGUCACUUUAUAUAGUUGAAAGAUGUUACAACUUAAAUUUCAUAAAUCAGGAACUUCCUGCUGCAUUUUGCCUUGUUUUGAUGCACUUUAUGUACUGUGGAAAAGAUUGUUUUAAUAUGUUCUAUGUUAAAAAAUUGACGGUGUUUUGUAUAAAGUCAAGUAUAUUUUCGCUUGAAGAGAAAAGGCUGGUUGAGCACUUUAUUAUUUUUUAAUAUGUCAUUUGUUUUCACUUCAAACAUUUUUUAUUUGAAGUACCUAGUGCAAUGUUGUGUUACAUGAUGCAGUAGUAAAGUAUUGAGGAAAAGUGCAAUAUUGUGUCGCCUCAAUGAAUGUAAGUUCAUUUCUAAUUAAUUAGUGUGCAUUUUAUUCAUAAACAUUAUUAAAACGCACUCUUUUGUGGUAAAAUGAGUAAAAGGUAAAACAAAAAUGGAAUUCCAAAAAAUUAAAACGGAAAAAACGGAAUUUGGGAAAAAAUAAAACGGAAUUUGGGAAAAAAUAAAACGGA